GUUCAAAUCCAAGCCAAACCAUAAGACCUCCACUAAAUCUCUUGGUCUGAGGAAUUCCUUCGACCCAAAACUCAAUGGCGACUUCCUCGCAGAAUUCCUCCUUCACCGCCGGCCCUCCAAUGGACAUUUUUUCUAACAACGCAGGAGAGCUGAAUUCUGUUUACACUGAUGUUGUCGGUGAACAUGAUUUAAUGAUAGUGGGGCCUGGAGUGCUUGGCCGCAUUGUUGCAGAAAAAUGGCAGCAGGAAUAUCCGAAUAGCCAAAUUUAUGGGCAAACCAUGACAACAAAUCAUCAUGAUGAACUAAUCAAAAUUGGCAUCAAACCUUUCUUAAGAGACACAAAGUUUAGCCAUAAGUUCCCUUAUGUAAUUUUCUGUGCUCCUCCAUUCCCUACUACUGAUUACCCGAAUGAUCUCAGAUCAGCAGGUUUAAACUGGAGCGGUAAAGGUUCUUUCUUAUUUACGUCAAGCACUGCUGUUUACGAUUGCAACGAUAAUGGAUUAUGCGAUGAGGACUUUCCAUUAGUACCUAUUGGCAGAAGCUCUCGAACCGAUGUCCUUCUAAAAGCAGAAAACGCGGCUCUUGAGGCCGGAGGUUGUGUUCUAAGAUUAGUCGGGCUUUAUAAUUCGGACAAAGGUCCACAUAUGUACUGGCUGGAAAAAGGAACGGUCGAAAGUCGUCCUGAUCAUAUACUCAAUCUCAUUCAUUACAAGGAUGUUGCCUCUCUUUCGAUAGCAAUCCUAAAGAAAAAUCUCCGAAACCGAAUUUUUGUAGGUUGUGAUAAUCAUCCUCUAUCCAGGCAAGACAUUAUGGAUGCUGUGAGUCAGAGUGGGAAAUUUGAUAAGAAUUUCAAUGGAUUUACAGGAACUGAUGAUCCAUUGGGAAAGAAAAUAUAUAACACAAAAACGAGAGCUGAACUUGGUUGGGAGCCAAAAUAUCAGAGUUUUCGCCAGUUCUUAGGAUUAACAGAUUGAUGAUUCAUUUGUGUGAAUUGAACUUUUAAACAGAUAUUUGAACACAACUUUAUGUAAGUUCAUGUCUAUAAUAAUUUAUUUGAAAUGAUCAAUUUGAGAUA